AUGGCUUCUUCCUCUAUGACAAUCUCCCCAAGAAAGCUUCAUUCAGAUUUAUACUCCUUUUCACACCAACAAGAUUCUAGCACUCCACUAGUGAUAAAUGUCCUUGCUUCAUUAAUUGAGAGAAACAUGGCAAGAACAAAGAGAAUAGUGAAAAAUUGUUCUAAGUCUUUGUCUAAGGCAAUUAGUACAAACAUCUUUGAUUGUAGAGAGAUCCCAGAUUUGUCAAUUCAAUCUUAUUUAGAGAGAAUUUUUAGGUACACUAAAGCAGGAUCUUCGGUUUAUGUUGUGGCUUAUGUUUAUAUUGAUAGGUUUUGUCAGAUCAAUCCUGGAUUUAGAAUCAAUGCUAGAAAUGUUCAUAGACUUCUCAUUACAACUAUCAUGGUGGCUUCUAAAUAUGUCGAAGACUUGAACUACAGAAAUUCAUACUAUGGAAGAGUUGGUGGAUUAACAACUAUUGAGCUAAACAAGUUGGAGGUUGAAUUUCUAUUUUUGAUGGGUUUCAAAUUACAUGUAAAUGUGAGUGUUUUUGAGAGUUAUUGUUGUCAUUUAGAGAGGGAAGUUGGAAUUGGGGGCGGGUACCACAUUGAGAAGACACUUAGGUGUGCAGAAGAAAUUAAAGCAAGACAGAGAAAAGAAAUUAGGGGUUAUACACAGAUUCCUCGUGUCAUGUUGUAA